GGGGGAGAGAGACAGCACUGCGCUGAGGAAUCUGCCGCUGCCUCUCCAGGGAAGAGGCGCUUCUGCUUCUCCUUCCUCCUCCGCCUGCAGCCGCCCAGCGCACCUGCUUGGCCUGUGGGAAGACGGGAAGACGUCGCCGCCGCCACAGCCGCGGUGCCCGGGGGGCUGUGCGGAGCAGCGUCCCCGGGCACACCAGGAGAAGCCGCCUCCGCUCGUCCAUGAGCACCGCGGCUCCGGAGUGCCGACCCCGCACUGGCAGGGGGCAGCCAGCUGCAGGAGCGCACCCGGCGCGGGCGGCAGCAUGUGGAGUCCGACGGAGGAGGAAAAAUACGGCGUGGUUAUAUGCAGCUUUCGAGGGCCUGUACCACAAGGCUUGGUUCUAGAACUGGGAGAAACUGUCCAGAUCCUGGAAAAAUGUGAAGGAUGGUACAGAGGAGUUUCAAUAAAGAAACCUAAUGUGAAGGGGAUUUUUCCUAUUAAUUAUAUUCACUUGAAAAAGGCAGUUGUCAGCAACAGAGGGCAGUAUGAAACAGUUGUUCCACUUGAAGAUUCUGUUAUCACUGAAGUUACAGCAACACUCCAGGAAUGGGCUGUCCUCUGGAAACAGUUAUAUGUGAAACAUAAGAUAGAUCUCUUUUACAAACUGCGGCAUGUGAUGAAUGAACUGAUUGAUCUUCGCAGACAGCUACUAUCUGGUCAUUUGACCCAGGACCAAGUACGAGAAGUCAAGAGACACCUGACUGUACGCUUGGACUGGGGUAAUGAGCAUUUGGGCUUGGAUCUUGUCCCACGAAAGGACUUUGAGGUGGUGGAUUCAGAUCAGAUAAGUGUCUCUGAUCUAUACAAGAUGCAUUUAUCUAGUAGACAUAGUGUACAACAGAGCACAUCACAGGUAGAUACAAUACGCCCACGUCAUGGAGAAGCAUGUCGUCUGCCAGUACCUCACCACUUCUUUCUCAGUCUUAAAAGUUUCACUUACAAUACAAUUGGGGAGGAUGCAGAUGUAUUCUUUUUUUUGUAUGAUGUCCGGGAAGGCAAACAGAUCAGUGAAAGGUUUCUGGUACGCUUAAACAAGAAUGGAGGCCCCAAGAAUCCAGAGAAGAUUGACCGAAUGUGUGCACUUUUCACAGAUCUCAGCAGCAAGGAUAUGAAGAAAGAUUUGUACAUAGUUGCCCAUGUAAUUCGGAUAGGGCGCAUGUUGCUAAAUGAUUCAAGAAAGGGUCCUUCUCAUCUUCAUUACCGACGUCCAUAUGGUUGUGCUGUAUUAAGUAUCAUGGAUGUGAUUCCAUCAAUUUCUGAAUUAAAAGAAGAAAAGGAUUUUGUUCUUAAAGUUUACACGUGCAACAAUGAAAAUGAAUGGUAUCAGAUCCAUGAAAAUAUUAUUCGCAAAUCUAGCACCAAAUAUACAGCACCCAGCUCAAACUAUGGACUUAUAAUUUCUCUUCAGCUUCUUCGUGGAGAAAUGGAGCAUAUUCGGAGGGAGUAUCCUAUGAUCUUUAACAGAGGGGUGGCUGUUACCAGAAAAAUUGGUUUUCCAGAUGUUAUUAUGCCUGGUGAUAUACGCAAUGACUUGUACCUGACUUUAGAGAAAGGAGACUUUGAAAGAGGUGGUAAAAGUGUUCAGAAGAACAUUGAAGUGACUAUGUAUGUUCUUUAUGCAGAUGGAGAGAUUCUAAAGGACUGCAUCAGUUUAGGCUCGGGAGAGCCAAGUAGGAGUCUAUAUCAUUCCUUUGUCCUCUAUCACAAUAACAGCCCUCGUUGGGGAGAAGUCAUCAAACUUCCCAUUCCCAUAGACAGGUUCCGUGGUUCUCACCUCCGUUUUGAGUUCAGGCACUGUUCCACAAAAGAUAAAGGUGAAAAGAAGCUUUUUGGCUUUGCAUUUACACCACUAAUGAGAGAUGAUGGCACCACCCUUUCUGAUGAUAUUCAUGAGCUUUAUGUUUAUAAGUGUGAUGAAAACAGCACAUUCAAUAACCAUGCCCUCUACCUGGGUCUUCCAUGCUGCAAAGAAGACUAUAAUGGCUGUCCCAACAUUCCUUCGAGCCUGAUUUUCCAGCGAAGCACCAAAGAGUCAUUUGCAAUCUCUACUCAGCUCUCUUCUACCAAACUCACUCAGAAUGUGGAUCUACUUGCUCUCUUGAAAUGGAAGGCUUAUCCAGAUCGUGUAAUGGAUAUCUUAGGAAGACUGAGGCAUGUCAGUGGUGAAGAAAUUGUUAAGUUCUUGCAGGAUAUCUUGGACACAUUAUUUGUGAUUUUGGAUGACAACACAGAAAAAUAUGGACUACUGGUCUUUCAGUCUCUUGUGUUCAUCAUCAAUCUCCUGCGUGAUAGCAAAUAUUAUCAUUUUCGACCUGUAAUGGACACUUACAUCCAAAAGCACUUUGCAGGAGCGCUGGCCUACAAAGAACUUAUUCGGUGUUUGAAGUGGUACAUGGACCGAUCAGCUGAACUUGUACGACAGGAUCAUAUUCAGGAGGCAAUGCGGGCCUUGGAAUAUCUUUUCAAGUUCAUUGUUCAGUCUCGGAUCCUUUACUCCAGAGCAACUUGUGGAAUGGAGGAGGAACAGUUCAGAGCCAGCAUCCAAGAACUUUUCCAGUCAAUCAGAUUUGUGCUUAGUCUGGACAGCAGGAGCUCAGAGACUCUCAUCUUUACACAGGCAGCUCUGUUAAAUUCCUUCCCUGCAAUAUUUGACGAGCUUUUGCAGAUGUUCACAGUACAGGAAGUAGCAGAGUUUGUGCGAGGAACUCUUGGGAGUAUGCCCAGUACAGUGCAUAUUGGACAAUCUAUGGAUGUCGUUAAAUUGCAGUCUAUAGCUCGUACUGUAGAUAGUCGCUUGUUUUCUUUCUCGGAAUCCCGGCGCAUCUUGUUACCUGUGGUUCUUCAUCAUAUUCAUCUUCACCUUAGACAGCAAAAAGAGUUGCUUAUCUGCUCUGGAAUCCUCAGUAGUAUCUUCUCCAUCAUCAAAACAAGUUCUGUGGAGACAGAUGUCAUUGAGGAGGUAGAAAUGAUGGUGGAGAGCCUCCUGGAUGUACUUUUACAAACUUUACUUACUAUCAUGAGUAAAUCACAAUCUCAGGAGGCGGUAAGAGGACAACGUUGCCCACAGUGCACAGCUGAAAUCACUGGGGAAUAUGUGUCCUGUCUUUUGUCUCUACUUCGUCAGAUGUCUGACACUCACUUCCAACAUUUACUGGAGAAUUUCCAAAGCAAGGAUGAAUUAAAGGAAUUUCUGCUAAAGACUUUCUGCGUAUUUCGAAAUCUGAUGAAGAUGAGUGUCUUUCCUCGGGAUUGGAUGGUGAUGAGAUUGCUCACCAGCAAUAUAAUAGUUACAACAGUUCAGUUUCUGUCCCCUGCACUGCACAAGAAUUUCACAGAAACAGAUUUUGAUUUUAAGGUGUGGAACUCCUAUUUCAGUUUGUCAGUCUUGUUUAUAAAUCAGCCCAGCCUGCAACUGGAAUCUGUUACUCCAGCAAAGCGUAAAAAGAUACUGGACAAGUAUGGUGACAUGCGGGUGAUGAUGGCGUACGAACUGUUCAGUAUGUGGCAGAAUCUAGGUGAACAUAAAAUUCACUUUAUUCCGGGAAUGAUUGGCCCCUUCCUCGGUGUCACACUGGUCCCGCAGCCAGAGGUCCGUAACAUCAUGAUCCCAAUUUUUCAUGACAUGAUGGACUGGGAGCAGAGGAAAAAUGGAAACUUCAAACAGGUGGAAGCAGAAUUGAUUGAUAAGCUUGACAGCUUGGUAUCAGAAGGAAAAGGAGACGAGAACUAUCGAGAGCUCUUCGGUCUGCUCCUGCUGGAAAAGAUUGAGCAAGAGACUUGGAGAGAGACUGGUGUUUCUUUUGUUACAUCAGUUACUCGUCUGAUGGAACGUCUCCUUGACUACAGGGACUGUAUGAAAGGAGAUGAAACGGAGAACAAGAAAAUUGGUUGCACUGUUAACCUUAUGAACUUUUAUAAAUCUGAAAUUAAUAAGGAAGAAAUGUAUAUUCGCUACAUCCACAAGUUGUGUGAUAUGCACUUGCAGGCUGAAAACUACACAGAGGCUGCCUUUACAUUGCUCUUAUACUGUGAGCUGCUUCAGUGGGAGGAGAGGCCUCUUCGGGAGUUCCUGCACUACCCUUCCCAGACAGAGUGGCAGCGUAAAGAAAAUCUUUGCCGAAAAAUUAUCCACUAUUUUAAUAAAGGGAAGAGCUGGGAAUUUGGAAUCCCAUUGUGCAGAGAGCUUGCUAUUCAAUAUGAAAGCUUAUAUGAUUAUCAAAGCCUCAGCUGGAUUCGGAAAAUGGAAGCUACCUAUUAUGAUAAUAUAAUGGAACAGCAACGGUUGGAGCCUGAAUUUUUCAGAGUUGGCUUUUAUGGAAGAAAAUUUCCCUUCUUCCUUCGGAACAAAGAGUAUGUUUGCCGAGGCCAUGACUAUGAGAGACUGGAGGCCUUCCAACAAAGAAUGCUCAGUGAAUUCCCACAAGCCAUUGCAAUGCAGCAUCCAAACCACCCAGAUGACAGCAUCUUGCAAUGUGAUGCCCAGUAUUUGCAGAUCUAUGCAGUGACUCCCAUUCCAGAUAAUAUUGAUGUGCUGCAAAUGGACCGUGUCCCUGAUCGCAUAAAGAGCUUUUAUAGAGUUAACAACAUCAGGAAGUUCCGCUAUGACAGACCUUUCCAUAAAGGCCCAAAAGACAAGGAAAAUGAAUUUAAGAGUUUAUGGAUUGAACGCACAACUCUAACCCUGACUCACAGUUUACCUGGCAUCUCUCGGUGGUUUGAAGUGGAGAGAAGAGAACUGGUUGAAGUCAGCCCUUUGGAAAAUGCCAUUCAAGUAGUGGAGAACAAAAACCAGGAGCUGAGGACACUGAUAAGCCAGUACCAACACAAACAGAUGCAUGGGAAUAUCAACCUGCUCAGUAUGUGCCUGAAUGGAGUUAUUGAUGCUGCUGUGAAUGGUGGCAUAGCACGCUAUCAGGAGGCUUUCUUCGAUAGAGAUUAUAUUACUACUCACCCAGGAGAUGCAGAAAAAAUCACGCAGCUGAAAGAGCUGAUGCAUGAACAGGUACAUAUAUUAGGAGUGGGUCUUGCAGUACAUGAGAAGUUUGUACAUCCAGAGAUGCGCCCUCUACAUAAGAAACUAAUUGACCAGUUCCAGAUGAUGCGAUCCAGUUUGUACCAUGAGUUGCCUGCUUUGGAUAAACUGAGUCCAGCCUGCUCAGGAACGAGCACACCACGCAGCAAUAUGCUUGUAUCACAUAGUCCAAUGAGUCCAGAGAGUAUCAAGCUGGUACAUCGCCACAGCCCAUUGAAUAUGCUGGGCACAGUCCGACACUCGUCAUCUUCUCUUUCUUCCCAUACAUCAAGUGAAACAGGGAAUCUGGUUAUUCUAACAGACAGUUCUGUCGGAGAAACAGCAGAGGAUAUGUACCACAUGCAGGCCAGUCCUUCCACCUCAAGCCUGAGCUCUACCCAUUCUGCACCAUCCCAGAUGAUUAACUCUGCACCUCCUAGCGCACGGGGCUCUCCCUCUCUACCAGAUAAGUAUCGUCAUAAUCGGGAGCUGAUGAUGUUAUUACCGAUGCACCGAGACCGACCUAGCAGUGCCAUGUACCCUGCAGCUAUCAUGGAAAAUGGACAGCACCCAAAUUUCCAGCGAGCCUUGCUCCAACAAGUGAUUGGACCAUGCAAACCCUGCAGCGAUCCCAACCUUUCUGUUGCUGAAAAAGCUGUUCCAGCAGCACCAAGCAGCUGGAGUCUGGACAGCGGAACCAGAGAGGCCUUGCCAUUCCUGUCUACUCAUGUUGGGAGCAUCCUGGCCCCACCAGUACCUCCCCGAAGCCUGCCCCAUGGUCACUACUCGCUGCAUUUUGAUGCCUUCCAUCACCAUCUUAAUGAUGCCCCCCCAGCGCUACCUGCACGGACGCUACGUAAGUCACCACUUCACCCGAUUCCUGCAUCACCCACAAGCCCCCAGUCUGGCCUGGAUGGAAGCAACUCUACCCUUUCAGGCAGUGCAAGCAGUGGCGUCUCCUCGUUAAGUGAAAGUAACUUUGGGCAUUCAUCUGAGCCCCCUCCUCGAACAGACACGAUGGAUUCUGUCCCUAGCCAGGCGUGGAAUACUGAUGAAGACUUAGAGACACCCUACCUCCCCGUCAGGUAUAGUCUCUCAGAGCCUGAUGUUCUGGAAACACUCAAAUCCCAGCCGUGCCGAAGCCACUCUGCUCCAUCGGGAGUCAUUCCUCAGGACGCUGUGAACCCUCCAGCUCUACCCCCUAAACCAUAUCACUCCCGCCUUCCAAACAUGGAAAACGAGGAGGGGAUGAUCUUGGAAGAGGAUGAAAAACACCGGGCGCUACAUCGCAAAAUUUCCCAGCCAACUAGCGGUGUGAAAGAGGAGCAAGCCAGGGUAGCGUGGGAGCAUGGCAUCAGUGAGCAGUAGGCAGAAGUAUGAGAGAAGACAGUUUGCAUGAUCAUUCCAGGUCUGUGAAACCAGAAGACAGAUGUACAAUAGGAGGCUUCAGAGAAGAGAAAAGUGAACUGCUUUAUUCUCUGCUGCUGAGAGUUAAUGACUGGAGCCAGAGUUUGGGCCAGCAUGUGCAGUUGCUGCUUUCCUUUUUAUUUAAUUUUAUACUUUUAAGAUUUUUAGUGUUUUGGGGUUUUGUCUAUUUUUUUGCAGUGGGUGCUUCGUUCCUUCUACAGUUUUAUCAGACAGCAGGAAGUGAUAUUAGCUAUAGACACUUGCAGAAACUGAAAAGCAUUAGGAUUUUGAGGGGGUGGGAUGUGGCAUGGAAUUUUUACAAGCUUUCCUUCCAGUUUUGAGAUGCGCACAAGUUUUGAAGCAGUUGCACUAGGAAUGUGUUUAUUUGCUGUAGUAAGUGAAUGCUAAUUUUGAAUUCAGGGAUUCCGCGAAGCCAGAAGGUGCAGAGUUUUAAAGGCACUGAAGAAACGAGAUCUUCCAGGCUUGAGGCAUAUAAACUUAUUUUGCAGUGGUCUCCUUGCGUUGCCUCAGGUGUGCUGAAGCAAUCUAACCAGUGCUGACUGGCUGCCAUUUCUAUUUUAAAGCAUCAUUUCACACAAACUCUUCUUGGCUUGGCAUAGACUUUUUGAUUUCCUGCAUUUUCCAUUGUUAUUCAUCUGUAUUUAUUGAUGCUACAUUACGAGGGAAACGCCUAACCAUGGGACUUAUAGCCCAGUCUUGGCCUCCCUGUGCCUCUGGUUGUUGGCACUAGCAUUUUAAUUCCAGUCCAGGAGUAGAGGAGUAGUAUCUUAUGCCAGAGAAACUAAGAAACUAAGCUAGAAUAAAAGGAAAGUUUGAGCACACGCCUGACAGUUGCUUUAAGGCUGACGAUCUUGCAUAGUCCAAACUAUUAUCUGUUGUUGUACCAUCCUCCCCACCCCAGAAAAGAAAGCCUCUCAUUGUUGCAUUGCUGUUGGAGAAGAUCACUUCCAGUUUCUUGUUCCGAUGUCAUAGAAAUACAGUGGUCUUCAGAAAAUGUCCACUAAGUAAAAAUUGUAGAAGCGGGGGGUAUUUUGAUCCUUUUUAAUAAAAAGUUUCUGAAAUGUUUACAAAGGAGACGACUAAGGGUGUGCUAUGGGAUGUAAAAUCAUGAUUGACUGUUAGUGAACCUAAGGAAUGGGGCAUUGCUUAUAUUUAUAUUCAAGAACCAGUGCAGCCAAUUAACAUGCCAUAGUUGAACAUUUUAACCAAAGGAACACUGGGACAAGCUGCCAUAAACUAUAUGAGUUAGAAAUGUAGCUAAGUUUGGGAAAGGUACUGGGAAAUAUGGGAUGAAAAGGAAUAUUAACACAUAUUAAGCAAUAUGGCAAUGAUUUGCAGAUUCAAAUGAAUAAUGCAAGAUAACAAUACUUGAAAGUUGUUAGGGUUUUAGUCAGCCUUUUUUAAAUCCAUGUCAUCCCAACACCUUAAUAAUGGCAAAGUUAUAUUUAUUCAAGAUCCAGUUCUGCUGCCCUUCCCACUGAUGGCUAAAAAAAUAUGAAUCUGUUUAUUUUUACAAUUUUUGUAGUGAUACCCAGAAGCACAUUAUGAAAUGUUUUAUACUAAAUGAGGAAUCAGCACAGAAAAUGUAAAGGAUUGACUCAGUUUCCAAAACAGCCAAUGACAGAAACAUAUAGAAGCUCAAAGUUCUGGUUUCAUGCUUCAAUCAGUCACUAUAUAUAUAUUAUAAAGAAACAAAACAAAAAAUUCUAAAGAAGUGAAGAGAACCAUAUGUACCUUGUAUGACUGAAAUUGCUUUUUUCUGAAGUAAGCUGCUAAUAUAUCCCCCCACCAAGCUCUGUCCAAUGUAAACACACAGUAGUUCCAUCCUUAUAUUUUAACAAAACACCAUGGCAUUAAAAACUUGCCUAGUUUUAUUUUUGAGUUUGCACUAGAUAGAAAAUACAUUUGUAUUCCCUCUUUCCUUUUGUAUUCCCUCUUAAGUCAAAGUGGCUUUGCAGUGCCACUAGAAAGAAAUAUUUCAGGCACAAUUUAAAUGCAGGUCCUAUACUUCCAGUUAAGAUUAGAAUGUCAAACAUAAAUGUUACCCACUUAAGAGCUCCAGGAAGUUUUUUUUUAAAAAGACGUAACAUCUUUUUGGGAGCUUGAGAGACUAGCAGUACAAGCCUAAGGACAUUCCCAUUGUAGCAGGUUACUUAGAGGAUUGCAACCCACAGUAUAGCUAGGGUGUUUGCUGUUGAUACCUGAAAGCAGGUUGUUGGUUGUUUUUUUACAAGUAAGGUAAUGAGUUGGCAGAUGUAAGCAAAUACCAGCUACUUUCAUAACACUCAACCUUCAGAUUCCAUUGAGGGAAGCAAAUUUAGAUGCAGCGACUAAAGCUUUCCAAUUUCUACAUAAUGUUUGGUGUGCUCUGGUGGCUUUCUAAAAGGAAGUUCUCUGUGUGUACACGGAUGCAAUUUUUAAAUGAGUUUCCACUGUAUUGCAGUUGGCGAAAACUUAGCAUCCGAUAGAUUAGGGUGGAUUUCUAGUUGAUAAAUUAGGUAUCCUAUGCUGCAUUACUAAAAUUACUUACUAGAUAUUCAGGCCACCAGCACAAGCUCCAUUGAGAGGGGGGGGGGGAUAUGUGCUGACAUGGCUUUGAAAGCCAGCUUAUAAAAAGCAGCAUAAUAAUUUAGUUGGACACAGACAGCAAAAUGGAAACAUUGUAUAUUAUCUUUGGACCAGAAAGUAGCACAUACAAUCAUGGUACCUUGGAAUAAACUGCUCCAAAAUAUGGUAUUCUUGUCCUUUGCCGGAAGUAGAAGGAAGGUUUACAUGGGUGGUUUAAAAAUGGGAAGAAGUAAUUCCUGUUUGUAGUAGGAAAUAUAAUUGGAUUUUGUUGCCAUAGCAAAGGUAUAGGGAUUCUUUCCUUCACAAACAUCCCCACUCAUUUUUUCCCCUUUACUCUGUAAAAGGGGACUAAAGCAUAUCUUUCCUGAGGAAGAAAGAGUGAGCAGGAAAUUUAGGGAGGUGAUAUCAUGUUACUUAAUUUGUUUCCCCAUCAUGUUUCAUGUAAAUAUCCCACAAAUGCUGUGUAUUUGUACAGGAAAUUGAGCAAAAAAUGUAUAGAUUGUGAUGUCUGACUGGUACUCAACCCUGUAAAUGUAUUUUUAACCUAUGGCAAUCUGUUGUUGUUUAAAACAACGGCAACCACACACACACCCCUCUAACCAGUUCUCUUUUUGUGUAUUCAUGUUUGGAAAACCUAUCAUAACCGUAAGGAAAAGCAAACCUUAAAAGGAAAACAAAAUAUUUGUACCAGAGUCCUAAAGAUAUUUCAUUGUAUAUAUUGUGAUAGCAUGUUUCUGGAACCAACAAAUAAGUGAUGUGAAUUUUAGGUGUAAAUAUCUGCUGUUUUGUUUUGGAUUCUUUUCCUUCCCUUCCCCAUUCACUCAACUGCUAUGAUGUGAAAUUAAAAAUUAAUACUUGAUAUUAAAAAGCAUUGAGCAGAUGCUCCAAGGUACCCAUGAGAUAUUUAUUCAGAUGCCACAAUGUAUCUUACAUAUAAAAGCUGAUGCUCAGUAAACUCUCAUGCUGUUGAUCUCCUACAUUUCCUGUUCAGGUGCGGUCAAUUAAAAUUACACACCAAGAAGUUUAGGGGUGGGAAACUAUUUAAAAAAUCGGGAAAAUUAGAAGAAUGCUGCAAUCCACUUCAUAGGGGAAAUGAUAUGGUCAUCAGUUAUUAACUGUGUUUUACCCAGCAGUAUUAUCCCUUACUAAAAAUACUUUCCCCAAGAUUGGUGGGUAUCAUUUUCACUUUUUUAAAAAACAAAAACAAAAACAGAUUGUAACCAGUAAUCCCUAGAUGAUGAAACCUUGUUGCUUGUCGCUAGAACAGGUUUUCAUCUUGCUUUAUGGGACCCAAAGAGGUAGAAUAAUGCCACACCUAGUGAACUGAAGGCCCUGCAGAAUACUCAUGGAUUCUGUGUUUCUGACUGUGACAGCCAAUUACCACUGUGUGUUCAAGUUCAUUGAAAUAGCUUGGCCAUGCCCCCCCUCAUUUGUUGCCAAUCACAAGCUGCAUUGGUUUUGCCUUCUAUCAAAACAGAAACAUGCCCUACAUCUGAGCAGUAACCACACCAGGAAGCAGCUUCUGGAGCUGGAUUCAGAGUGUUGGCAGCAAUUUUCCUACCCAUGGAGAAAAUUUAAGGACCAGAAUACGGAAUGCUCCAUCACACUCAUGGCGAAUUAUUAAAUACACGAGAAUUAUUGCAGAUAAAUUCAGAAGCAGAAAACCAUGUGCAACACAUGGAAAACAGGCAUGCCUAAUACCUUUUCAGUCGGAUCGAAUGGAUGAAAGAUAGGAAUGGAAGAAAAACAGCAGCUCAACCCAUCACUUAGCAUAUAUGAUGGCAUAAUAUGGGGGCAACUUUGGAUUUCUUCCUGGGCUCAGGUCUUUUUGUUAAGCUUUAGCCAGCUGAUGAGUAUAGUGAGGGUACAAUGUUGAAUGUAGGAGACCCUGCUGCACAUCUCCUAACGGGGUGGUCUUAGGGAAGUUGAACACUCUACCUACGAACCUAAGACCCUGCUGGGUCAAUUCAAAAACCAAUCUAGUCCAGCAUCCUGUCCUCAGUGUGGCCAACCACAUGCCCAUGGGACGCCCACAAGUUGGACCCGAGUGCAGCAGCACUCUCUCCACUUGUCAUUCCCAGUGACUGGUAUUCAGAUGCAGACAAUCUCCACCAAAACCUAUUCAGGGGGAUUGUGAGGUCGUUUCUGGAUACAGAUAGAUGCGCACACCAUCUAACUCAGCACAUUUCCCAGCACUCAGAACAGUGGUUAUUUUGUUGCUGAGAUGAUAAUUGUCUCUCCCCCCUACCUCCAACUGAUAUAAUAGUGAGUGCUAUGUAGAAUGUGGUUAUGCAAGUAUAAGUACCUAUUGCAGUGUCUGUGACAUCACUGGCAACGAGCAACACAGCUCCUUUGUACGCCAUUUUGUAACCUUUAAUUUUGUUCCCCAAUCUCGUCUUGAGGCUGAGCAUUCUCCCAUUCAAACAUGUAGGCACUCUUUAAGCCCUUUAACAGCAACAUAAAAUACUUGCUUAAUUUUUUUCCCUUGUUUUUUUUAUGUCAACAUACUGAUUCUGAGUAUAUUGUUGUAUUAAUAUAUUACUACUGAUGUGAAUAUUGUCUAUUUUAAUGCUGUUGAAUGUAUAGUUUAUUUGAUCAUAUAUAUAUAAUUGUAAUUCUGUUAAAAUAUGAACAAUUAAUAAAAAGAUAAAAUAUAAUGAAAGGGCCAAACAUGAGCAGGGAUCCACCUCCCGUCAUCUUCCCACCACGCACAGUAUUGCCAUGUCAUUUCACAACCAUUUUUCAUUCUGUUCAAUUGCUGUUCUUCCCAAGGAGUUCUUGGAGGCUGUGUGCUCUUCCACUCCAACGCAGGACGCACUUUUCCCAUUAAAGAAAUAGUACUUUGGCCACCCCAUAUAUCUGUUUCUUUCUUUGUUGUCUAA